GUUGAACUUCCGGUAGAAUUUUAAGAACAACAUUCACAACUUCAUUUUAAAGUUUGAUAUUUGAAUUUAGAUAUUUAUCAGUAUUUCACAAAAGAAUUAGAUAUGGCUUCAAGACUGGGUGGAUUUGAUGACAUUCACUGGACUCCACCAACUGAAGCUGAAUUAAAGAUUAUUGAAGCUAGAAGAGAAAGAUCAGAUAAGAUUAGUAAAUUAAUGGGAGAUUAUCUAUUAAAAGGAUAUAAAAUGUUGGGAAUCACUUGUAGAGAGUGUGAGACAAUAUUACUACAAGAUAGACAUGGAAAGAAUUAUUGUGUUGCUUGUCAAGAUUUAGAUUCUGAUACAGAUAAAGAUAAUCCUUUAAUAAAUGAGACAGCAGCAUUAUCUCAGAUUCGUGAACAGCAACUUAGACCUGUAGCUUGUAAUCCACCACAAAUAACUCAACCAGCUUAUCAAGCUAGCUUACCUAAACCACAGAAUCAACUAACAGUCCUUAGACAAAAUUCCAAUAUAGAUAUAGGAAUACUGAACGACUCUGUGUCUAUUUUACAAGAUAAAUUAAAGUGGGCUAGUGAAGAGUUAAAAAAGACAGUUUCAGUAGAAUAUAGUAUACAGUUAUGCCAAUUGAUCAAAUCAUCUGCUGAGGCUAUAAAAAGCUGUCAACAAGCACAAUCCUCAUGAAAUAUUGACUCAUUUUCUGGGAUAUAAAGCAUUUAUUAGGAAGUUAAAGGAACCAAGGAGAGCAAGUCAAAAUUUCACAUUUUCUGCUUCAUAUGGUACAAAAUAUCAAAUUGCCUAAUUUUGUUUGAUAUUUCUUUGCAUUUUUGCAAUUGUAAAAUAGUGCUAAGUAAUAUCUUGGACAAUAUGUAGGGCAGUUGACGGAAAUAUGGGUAAAAAUGACACCUUGAAGGUGUAAACCUAGACUAAGAGAUGCCUCAACAGUAGAAUAUGAAUUUAGAGUGGGUAAUUGAUGGGCACAGUUUUCGUGUUAUUUUUAAAGGCAUUGACAUUCAUCUUUGUAAUUCCUGCACAAGAGUAUGAUAUGCAUACUUCAUCUAGUUAUAUAUAUGCUCAACAUUUCCCAUUUCUGUUAUUUUAUUAUUGAUGUACUUGUAUAUUGUGUGUUUUAUUCCUCAUAUUUCCACCUUCUAUUUUGUUUCUAUAAAACAAUUGUUAUAUCAU